GUGGUUGCAUAAUCGAAUCUGUUACUAUACAAAAAUUGAAAUUCUCUGAUCGCUUUUCAUUUCAUUUCACGGUGGAACUGCAUCGAAUCCUUUUAUGUCGCAUCCAGUACUUUUUGGAUUUCUAUAAAUACCUCAAAACAUAAGAGCUGAAGUUUGCGCUGCGAUCGAAACAUAAAUUUCGGUUUCUCUUUGUACGAUCCAGCGUCAUACUUUGGGCAGCUACACCUUGAUUCGAUAUGGGUUAUACCAGCAAUGGUUCUGAUGAAAAUAAUCAGCAAACUGAUAUUGGUGCAGUACUCCACAAUGGACGUGAAAUUCUUCUUCAGGGUUUUAACUGGGAGUCUCAUAAACAUGAUUGGUGGAGAAAUUUAGAAAGGAAAGUUCCUGACAUUGCAAAAUCUGGGUUUACAUCUGUAUGGUUACCACCAGCAACUCAUUCCUUCUCCCCCGAAGGUUACUUACCACAGAACCUCUAUUCCCUUAAUUCUUCAUAUGGUUCUGAGCACCUUCUCAAAUCUUUACUACAAAAAAUGAAGCAGAGCAAAGUUAGGGCAAUGGCUGACAUAGUUAUCAAUCAUCGUAUUGGUACUGUCCAAGGUCAUGGAGGAAAGUAUAACCGUUAUGAUGGUAUUCCAUUAGCGUGGAGUGAGCAUGCAGUUACAUCUUGCACAGGUGGUUUGGGCAAUAGAAGCACUGGGGACAACUUUCAUGGCGUUCCAAAUAUUGAUCAUAGCCAGCAUUUUGUACGGAAAGACAUUAUAGGAUGGCUGAAGUGGGUGCGUAACACAGUUGGUUUCCAAGAUUUCCGUUUUGAUUUUGCACGAGGUUACUCAGCUAAAUAUGUAAAAGAAUACAUUGAAGGAGCAAAGCCCAUGUUUUGUGUUGGGGAAUACUGGGAUUCUUGCAACUAUAAUGGUCAAGGCUUGGACUAUAACCAAGAUAGCCAUAGACAACGGAUUAUCAAUUGGAUUGAUGGAACUGGACAGCUUUCUGCUGCAUUUGACUUCACCACAAAGGGAAUUCUUCAGGAAGCUGUUAAGGGGCAAUUCUGGCGUCUGCGUGAUUCUCAAGGGAAGCCCCCAGGUGUAAUGGGAUGGUGGCCUUCAAGGGCUGUCACAUUCCUUGAUAACCAUGAUACAGGCUCAACACAGGCCCAUUGGCCGUUCCCCUCGAAUCAUAUCAUGGAGGGUUACACAUACAUACUCACACAUCCAGGGAUCCCAACAGUGUUUUAUGACCAUUUUUAUGAUUGGGGUGACCCCAUUCACGACCAAAUUGUUAAAUUGAUGAACGUUCGUCGGCAUCAAGGAAUCCACUCUCGAUCAUCUAUUAAGAUUCUGGAGGCCCAACCAAAUCUUUACUCAGCAAUAAUUGGGGAGAAAUUGUGCAUGAAGAUUGGCGAUGGUUCAUGGUGCCCUGCUGGCAAAGAAUGGACACUAGCCACUUCUGGUCACAGAUAUGCAGUAUGGCAAAAAUAAGUGUUCCUUACCCAGGUUUAUUAUUAUUAUUAAUUAUUUUUCCCUUUUCCCUAAAUAUGUUCUUUGUGGUGAUGUUACGCAUUCAGGAUGGGGCUGAAUGCUCCCAACCAGUAGUCAUGUUGUAUUAAUAAAGCUUCACUCCAAUUUCCUAUGGAACAUUCAUAUUGAUGAGUUUAUGGU